GUGAUUAUUGUAACGGUAGUUGUUGAUUUGAAGGGUAAAUGUAGUGAUAAUGAAACGAAUGAAAUGGAAAAGUUCUGUGAUUUACGCGAUGCACUCAAACUGGUCGGAUUCAGUGAUGACCAGCAAACGUUCAUAUUUUGCACACUGGCCGCCAUUUUGCAUAUUGGCAAUCUGUUUUUUAGACCGAGAAAGGUGAUUAUUAUUGUUAUUGUAAUUGUAAUUGUAUCUGAAAAUGAUGAGCAAACGACGGCUGGUGUGGAAAUUGGUAAUGACUCGGAAAUCAAGUGGUCUGCCUACUUGAUGGAGCUGGAUUUUGAACAGUGGAGUGCGAUAUUCACAAGUAGAAUGAUGAAAAGUGGUGAUGAGACAGUAAGCACUCCGUUGACAAUUGAUCAAGCCUUAGAUGUUCGCGAUGGAUUAGCGCAGCUAAUUUAUAAUGAGCUAUUCGAAUGGAUAAUGUCAAGAAUAUCGUAUGCAUACCAAUGUCCCAACUACACAACAUCAAUCGCUCUGCUUGAUUACUAUGGAUUCGAGCGUUACAACAACAACGCAUUCGAGCAGUUCUGUGUGAAUGUGGUGAAUGAGCGAUUCGAAAACUUUUAUGUGAAGAAAAUUUUCAAAGAAGUCUUAUACGAUUAUGAAAAGGAGCAAAUUGAUAUUGAUUAUCAGUUGCCUUUAUCAAUCGACAACGAGCGUGUUAUUGAAACGUUACUGAAACGACCGGAUGGUCUAUUGCCGUUGCUGGACGACGAGUGCAAGUUCCCGAAAGCAUCGGAUGAAGGUUAUCUGCAACGAUGUAAUUUGAAUCAUCUGGAUAAAGCCAUCUACGGUAAAGCGCGUAGCAAAGAACGUGUCGAGUUCGCCAUCAGACAUUACGCUGGACAAACCUAUUACACCGUUCAGCAGUUUAUUGACAAGAAUCGAAGACACAUCUCCGAAGCGGCCGUGAAAGUGCUAGCUGAAAGUCAAAAUACAUCAGUAGCUCAAAUCUUUCGGAAUCAUACGUGCAAUAGCAGCGGCAGCAGCGGUAGUAAGGUAAUAGGAAACGAUGAGAUCGUUUAUGUAGCACAGCAGUACAGUCAAUGUGCUAAGGUGAUUAUCGAUAAGAUGAAUAAAGGUGUAUGCCAGUUUGUACGAUGUAUACGUUCGAACAGCGAACGACUACCGGAAACGUUUUGUGAGCAAACCGUUGUGAGGCAAUUGCACGCAAUGGCCGUGCUGGACACGUUGAAAAUCUGCAAGAGUGGAUAUCCACGCAAGGAAGCAUUUGAUGUGUUCGCAGAGAGAUAUCGAUGCCUGUUGCCAUCGGACGUGGUCAGAUGUCAAACAACGAUCGAAAUCGUCAACGAUGUCUUGGAACAACAGGGCAAUAAGUUCCAAGAAUGCUUUCGCAUUGGUAAGACGGUGGUUUAUAUGAAGGAGAAAAUAAAUGCGCAUUUGGAAGCGUUGCGAAGCGUGACAACUGAAAGGGCCGCCAUAAUGAUACAAAAGAAUAUGCGUAUGAUGCUGGCAAGACGUCGUUUCUUACGGAAACGUCAUGCGGCCGUGGUUUUGCAGUCAGGAUUGAGAGGCUGGAAAGCGAGGCGUUUGGUGGAGGUGAUGCGUGCAGAGCAACGACGUGCAAUCGAUGCAGAAACACGACAGAUGCGACGUAUGAAUGUUUAUGCGGAAUCUGAAGAGUUGCAGUCGCUGCUUGGAGGAGGUACAGGAGCAGAUGCUAGUGCUAGUGCUACGAGCCGAGGGGUGUCAUUUGCGGCAAUGCUUCGCUCUGAUAGUAACCAAAACUGUGAGAUGCUCGGCUCAACAGUAAAUAGCAGUAGUAGUGAAUUAGGCUUGGAGCAGCGUAAUUUACCACAACAACAAGCGCCGCCGUUCGCACGAACACUCACCAAACAACACCUACUUCAACAGCAACAAAAAGCCUUCGAAACUGCAUUGGCCGGUGUGCAGUACAUUGAUUUACCGAACGAUUUGGAGAUGAAACUGAAACGAAUCGCUCUGCUAGAGAUGAACGCUGCGGCUCAUUCUAAUACUAAUGCUGCUGGUGCUGCUGCUGCUGGUGGUGGUGGUGGUGGUGGCACUGGUGGCAUGUUCGAUAUACGCAGACGUGUCAGCACUCAACCGUAUAUUCCGUUAACAAGCAAAAUUACCAUCCCUCAAGUACCGCUCAUCUCAUUAGAGCAGUUUGCUGAGCGUAGCUUCAAGGGUCAUCUAUUGGAGGCUCGUCGUGAGCCAAUAGCCACACCAUUCCUCGCCAAAGACACUGAGGAGGAAUUUGAGGAAGCGUUGGGUAUAUUCAAGUUGAUUUUGCGUUAUAUGAAUGAUACACAACUAUCGGAACAACAACUUGCGAUCAUUGCAAAAACUAUCAUACAAAAGGGUCAUUAUCAUUCACGUUCGCUGGCUGCUGCGCUGCUUUGGUGCUUACUGAAAGAAGGCGUUUAUUCGGGGAUCGAUGCACCCGAGCAGCGUGAUGAAAUCUACGUUCAGUUGUGUAAUCAAACCUAUCGAAAUCGUCUGAAAGCUAACGCUGAAAAAGCAUGGACCUUAAUGCUGUGUGCAUGCAAUAGCUUUCCACCAAGCAUUCAUAUAUUCCCGAUGCUAAUGCAUUAUUUCCAAACAGUGCCGCAAAAUCUUUCCUCUCAGCUUAUUGAUGCUCUUCUGGGUCGUAUCCGAAAUCGUGAAGCGCCACCGAAUCGCGUCUUCGCAUCAACUUUUCUUGAGCAAGUCAGUUUUCUUACAAGUUACUUGGCACGCAUAUCUAUCUGUAUAUCUUAUCUGUAUACUAGUAUUGUUGAUCAAGUUAUUAUUAAUAUUAUUACUGCAAUGUUGUAUUUUAGAGGGAUCGGCGAACCAGAGUAUUGGUCGUUGGGUGUAGAAAAUGAUAAAUGGCUAAUUGAAAACGCUUCGGAUAGUUACGUGUUUGAUAUGAUAGCGCAAUUAGAGGAACAUUACGGUGAUGAGAUGAUUACCGAAGAAGUAUUUUACAACGGCGAUGAGAACAACGAGAAUUACAAGCAGCAGAUUGAAUGCGACGAUUAUUUUGUGAUGUUUAAUAACCGUUUCAAUGCUGCUGCUGCUGCUCAUCAUAAUAUGAAUAUGAAUAACGAGAUUAUAUGUGAUAAUCUGCAACAGACAUCCUUAGGUAACCAGCAGCAGCAGCAGCAGCAACAGUAUAUUGACGAGCAUGAUGAUGACAUGCUUCGUUCAUCACCAACGAUAGGAAUGAGUGAGAGAUAUGAGCAGUUUACACCGAAUGGGAGCAGUCGACGUACAGUUAUAGAGACACCGUGCAAUAGGGAGUCUCCGUUGAAAAUGAAUGAUGAUCCAAUGAAGCCUCCGACCCCUCCGCCACACCACAUGUCACAGCAGCAGCAGCAAUCACGUAUUUAUGCAGAGCAACGCCCGAGUAGUGAAGUUGGUGUGGAAGAGAAUCGAGAACGCUACGGGCAAGGGCAAGGGCAAGGUGCGUUAAUAGGUGCUGCAGUAGCACACGAUACACUGGUUGCAGAAGGGCUUUCGUGCAGUUCGUUGAAUAGACGUUAUGCAAAUGGAGGAAUUGAUCGAAAAGUGAGAAUAGCAACAGCACGAGACGUCACCAUACCGGAGUCACAUCAAAAUGAGUGUUUCUAUGAGAGUGGUGAUACCCUGGAAAGAAAGGCUUAUCAGAAUGAAUUUGAUUCACGUGCAAUGCAAGCAACACCCGAAAACGAUGGUCAUACAAUGAAUCGAUACCGUCAACAGCAGAUGCAGUUCUCGAAGAUCUCUGCAGAUUCCAAGUGUAACAAUCAGCACCCGCAAUUCGCCUACAUACCUCAGCAAUUCACCAUGCCAGUGAUGUCAGCUCAAGUGCAGCUAAUGCCAGUGAUGCUACCGACUACAUCAUUUAUUCCAUCUUCUUCGCAACAAGGUAAGAACCAACAGCAGCAGCAGCCACCAGCGAUUCUAAAAUUGUCAUCUAACGAUGCUACUGAUAAUAUCAGUGAUAAUGAUAAUAUUAGUGAUAAUGUUAGUGAUAAUGAUAAUGAUAAUGAUACAGUAAGUNCAUUUAUUCCAUCUUCUUCGCAACAAGUAAGUCAACAACGGAACAUGCCUCUAGUGCUGAACAGUGCAGAAGAAUGUGCAGCAGCGCAGUAUCAGCGAGUAUCAGCGAACAACACCAACGAUGACUACGCACACAUGUCCGUAGCGUCGCGUAUACGUCGUAUGCAGAUUCCAUCGAAAAACUGCGAUGUGGAUCAGUUUUUAGACGCGGUUUUUGAGCAGGUUUUACCGCCACACGAACUAGAACGCACUGAUGAGCGAGCGCUGAAUAGAUCAGUGAUCGCGGCAAGUAUUAAAGGUGGUGUAGCGAAUUAUAGCGAACAUGAAAUUGAAAUGAAUAAAGGUGCGGGUAAUCGAGACUCCGCGCUGAAUUAUAACGGCGAUAAUAACGCAGCGAAUAGCAGCAACGCUAUCGGACAGCAGCAAUUUACGGGUGCGUAUAUGCAGAGUGGAUUUAUGAAUUGUGGAACGCAACCAGUAAUGAUGAUGAUGCCAGUGGAUAGUCGAAUGUUCAUGGCGGCGCAACACAGUAACUACGAAGCAGCAAUGCCGGAUUGUAGAUCACUGGCUCAGCUGAGCCAAGGAACGUCCUCUUCAGUGCAAUCAGUACCAAUGAUCAUUCCAUCGAUCAUUCCCAGUAAUGUGAUGAUGUGUCUAUCGCCCACACCAGCAGCACUGGGCAACAGCAUGCAACAACCGUAUAUGUCGUCAACGAGAAAUAAUAUGGCCGAAGAAAAGGAUCGCACACCCUCUCCAACUAGCGAACGUUCCUCACCAUUACCUGAGUCCGCACAAUCGCCAACAAAUUUGGACGGGAAUUCAAGAGUUGGUCAACUGAACCCGACAUCCAACAAAGCUAGAUAUGUUGGACCUGUCGAUCCACAGACAAACGAGGGUCUACUUGUUCCGAAUAAUGCCCAACGUCAGGUCACAUCGUCUAUCAAGCAAGUACGCAUUUACAGCAGUCUUAGCUAG